AUGGCAAAAGAGGCUGCUGACGUUUGUUUGUCUCAGGAUGAAGACAGCACUCCUGAGGUGCUGCAAGACAUGCAGUUUGCUGCACCGGACACUGAGAGGCAAACUUGGGUUAAACACGACUUUUCCAUCUUUGGCGCUGCAGUCCCAAGUCCUGCUGCUACGAAGCAGCAGCAGCAGCAGAAGCUGCAGCAACAGCAACAGCAGCAGCAGAGGCAGCAAAAACAGCAGCAGCAACAGGAGCAGCAGCAGAAGCUGCAUCAGAAGCAACUGCAGCAGCAAAAACUGCAGCAGCAACAGGAGCAGCAGCAGAAGCUGCAGCAGAAGCAACUGCAGCAGCAGCAGGAGCACCAACAGCAGCAGCAAAAACUGCAGCAGCAGCAGAAGCUGCAGCAGCAUUAACAGCAGCAGCAAAAACAGCAGCAGGAGCAGCGGCAGAAGCUGCAGCAGCAGCAGGAGGAGCAGCAGCAGAAACAGCAAAAGCAGCAGCAGCAAAAACAGCAGCAGCAGCAGGAGCGGGAGAGCCAAGAGGAGGAGCAGAAGCCUUUGGCAACUCAUGUUAACAAGUGCAAAGACUUUUCCAUCUUUGGCGCUGCAGUCCCAAGUCCUACUGCUACGAAGCAGCAGCAGCAGAGGCAGCAAAAACAGCAACAGCAGCAGGAGCAGCAGCAGAAGCUGCAGCAGCAGCAACAGCAGCAGCAAAAACAGCAGUAGCAGCAGCAGUAGGAGCAGCAGCAGAAGCAACUGCAGCAGCAGCAGGAGCAGCAACAGCAGCAGCAAAAACUGCAGCAGGAGCAGCGGCAGAAGCUGCAACAGCAACAGAGGCAGCAGCAGCAGCAACAGCAAAAGCAGCAGCAGCAAAAACAGCAGCAGCAACAGGAGUAGCAGGAGCAGGAGAGCAAAGAGGAGGAGCAGAAGCCAUUGGCACCUCAUGUAAACAAGUGCAAAGACUUUUCCAUCUUUUGCACUGCAGUCCCAACUCCUGCUGCUUCAAAGCAGCAGAAGCAGCAGCAGCAGCAGCAGCAGAAGCAGCAGCAGCAGAAGC